AUGCAUUUCCACAGUGUCUAUAUCGUUGCCGCAGUCGCUUCCGCUGCCUGGGCCGCCCCUACCAACUCUUUUUACAAUAACGCCUACGAUUUCACCCCUGAGCUCGAAGAGUUCUACUCAAGAGUCAGUGACUAUAUCAACAACGGAAAUUUUAGGCAGCAAAACUCGCAAACAUGCGAUCCGUCCUCGGUUUCCUUGCCUGCUCUAGCUAGCGGCCUCCCGGCACCAACGGGAGCUUUGAAGUAUGUUGCCAUUGGUCGGGGAACUCAGAACUACACCUGUUCGGACUCCACCAAAGACACCACGCCAGCCGCGAUCGGUGCUCUCGCAAGUCUCUAUGAUGCAUCCUGUAUUGCCGCCAACUACCCAGACCUGUUGGAGACUGCCACCAAUGUUGUGCUGAACUACGACCUCUCCACGGUUGAUACAGACGCCCCAUUACCUCCGGCAAAUGCCGAACUAUUGGGUCAUCACUACUUUGAAGGUACAAGCAACGCGGUCUUCAACCUUGACACCACGUCUGAAGACCAGUUUGGUAUCGCAAUUUCAAAGAAAAAUGCCUCUAUGGAUGCUCCAGCUGGCUCUGUCCCUGGGCAGAACAAUAGUGGCGACGGUGCCGUCCCCUGGCUGUAUCUGAACACCAUUACGGGAACCGUCGGCAACUAUACUCAUGUUUAUCGAGUCAACACUGCUGGAGGUGCAGCGCCUUCCACUUGCGAAGGCCAGUCAUCUGCUUUCCAAGUGCAGUACUCGGCACAAUACUUUUUCUAUGUUUCCAACUAG